CGACUCGGUGACAGUCGCGCGCCCACAGUCAAGCCCAGCGGUUCAACACUCGAUUUUCGCGAGGAGGCGGCAUAUAUCACAAAUAUUCUCUAUAUAUACAUUCACAUGCAUAUAUGUAUAUAGCGCAGCUAAUAUUAAAUUAAAGACAAUUGUGGUGAUAAGAAAAUAAGCAUGUCGGACGCCCACUCGAAUUCCAUACGCAGCCUGAGUCCAGAGUUGGCCAAAAAGGCGCACGACGAGUUGGGGGAGGUGCCCGAGAGGAUCGAUGAGGACAUCGAAACGCUGCGCACUUGGAUCUCCAAGCAGCCGCAUCUGAAGGCUCGCCAGGAUGCCCAGUUCCUGAUCGCCUUUCUGCGGGGCUGCAAAUACAGUUUGGAGAAGACCAAACUGAAGUUGGACAACUUCUAUGCGAUGAGGGGAGCGGUACCAGAGCUCUACAAGAAUCGCUUUGUGGGCGAGAAGCAGCUAAGCAUUCUGGAAACAGGUUGCCUUCUUCGCUUGCCCCAGCCAUUGACGCCAGAUGGUCCUCGGAUCCAUAUUUCCCGCUAUGGGCAGUACGACUCCAAAAAGUAUUCCAUUGCCGAGGUCAUCCAGGUGAACACCAUGUUCGGUGAGAUUCAGAUACGCGAGGAUGACAAUGCCAUGAUAUCUGGUUUUGUGGAGAUCAUCGAUAUGAAGGGCGUUGGGGCAGGUCACAUAUUCCAGUUUGAUGCUGUUCUAGUGAAGAAACUGGCGGUUUUGGGGGACAAGGCUUAUCCCUACAGGCCCAAGGGUUUCCACUUUGUCAACGCUCCCGCCAGUGCCGAGAAGUUUAUGUCCAUUGCCAAGAGUCUGAUGAGUGAAAAGAUACGAAAACGGUUCCACAUACACUCCAAACUGGAAACCCUGUACCAAUAUGUUCCCAAGGAAUGCCUACCAGCUGAAUAUGGUGGCAGCAACGGAACCAUCCAAGAUGUCAUCACUACAUGGAGGACAAAGCUCUUGGACUAUAAACCCUUCUUCGAAGAGGAGGCUUCCUAUGGCACAAAUGAAAAGCUGAGGCGAGGACAACCCGUCAAUGCCGAGUCCCUGUUUGGAAUCGAGGGAUCCUUCAGGAAACUCGAUAUCGACUAAUCUAGAGGCACUCUAUAUAGAAAACAGUAAUUUUUAAUCUUUGUACAAAUGCAGACUAAUCCGGAACUAAAGAACAAGUUAAAUUUUAAUAA